CAAACUACAUCCGGUUUCUCCCACUGCUAGCUACAGCUCCAGUGAAAACACUUACACGACAGGUAUAAGUGUUGUUUUUCUUUAUUCGUCUUUUGUAAAUGUAGUGAAAUGCUCGUCAGUCGCUGGUUUCGACUGUGUUCACUGUGUAGCCGUGUAGUUUACAGCAGUAACGUCGGUGGAAGAAGAGGAGGAUGGAGGACACUGACAGGACACACAAGUUUGAGAUAUGCUAACAUCACACAGGUGCAUCACUGGGGUACAGUAGUAUCAAAACGUCUCUGUUACAGUGAUGUGGGGGAGUUGUACAGGAAUGAGUCUGUUCAGAGGUACCUUCAGCAGCUCAUGGAGGAGUACAGAGACAUUAGUAAUAGAUUACAGCAUGCAUACCUCAACGAGUCAGACAGAAAAGCGCUUAUAAAGAAACACACAGAGCUGCUGCCUCUAGCAAAUAUAUUUGGUAGUAUUGAACAAGCCCGGAAAGACCAUGAGGAAGUCCAUUCACUACUACAUGGUUCAGUCAGUACCAGAGAUGAAGAUGAACAACUAACCCAGCUGUUAAAAGAGGAGGAAGCACAAAUCUCCAGCAAGAUUGCAGCCUUAAGAAAAGAUUUGAUUAAAGCUCUUGUGCCCAUUGACCCUCUUGACUCCAGUAAUGUCCUGCUGGAGAUUGUAUCAGGACGAACAACAGGAGGUGACAUCUGUCAGCAAUUCAACAGAGAAAUGUUUGACAUGUACCAGGGUUUUGCCUCUUACAAGAACUGGGACUUUGAGGUUUAUAACUACACACCUGCUGAGUAUGGUGGUUUGCACCAUGCAGCAGUAAGAAUAGCCGGGGACAAUGUAUACAGAUAUCUGAAGCAUGAAGGAGGAACACACCGGGUGCAAAGGAUUCCUGAGGUGGGCCUUUCCUCCAGGAUGCAGCGUAUCCACACAGGAACCAUGACUGUCAUUGUCCUGCCUCAGCCGGUGGAGUUUGAUGUCCACAUUGAUCCAAAGGAUCUUCGCAUCGACACAUUCAGAUCUCGGGGUGCUGGCGGCCAGAGCGUCAACACGACAGACAGCGCAGUGCGCAUUGUUCAUCUCCCCACUGGCAUAAUGGCAGAAUGUCAGCAGACUCGCUCUCAGCUGCAAAACAGAGACACUGCCAUGCGUAUGCUGAAGGCCCGGCUCUACCAGAGCAUGAUGGGUAAAGAGACUGAGCAGAGGCAUACGGCACGAAAGCAGCAGGUGGGCACACGUUCUCAGUCAGAGAGGAUUCGCACCUACAACUUCAGCCAGGAUCGUGUCACAGACCACAGGACGGGAUAUGUUACUAGAGAUAUUAAGGAGUUCAUGAGAGGAGGGGAGGCUCUCGACGACCUGAUCUCUGACGUACUCGAAUGCGCUGAGAGGGAGGCUCUUCUGGAGAUGGUGGAGAGCAGCAGCACCGGCAGCAGCAAUCUGAAACAACCAGAGUCUGGACAAUCUGCAGACUGACACCCAGCACAGCCUACUGUCAACUGGACUGAACAUACAGUAUGUUGUUUAGUGGAUGGUUUUCUCCAACACAGCGUACCAGUGCUGAAAAUAUUAAUAUUACAAUUUAUGUGUGUGAAGCAGUCACAUUACAAUGAAAGACAAACUACAACCACCACUCCUAAAUAAGAGGCUUUAUUUUUGUAAUAAAAUAUUAAAUUAUA